CAUGCUCUAGGAUUUAUGUUGUAAAGUUGUUUCUGUAUUGUCCACUAUGUUGCUUUUUAAUUACACAGAUGAGUUCGUUCUGUGGUACACAUUUUGAGGAAAUCAUUGGAGACCUGUAGUGUGAGCCGACGAAAAAAACAAUAACAAUGUUCUAAGACGGUUGUAUUGGAGGCUUGUGUUACACAGUUGUUUAUAUGUUUUUUAUUUUAUUCGCAUUAUGAGUUUCAAUGUCUUCAAUUUUUCCAUGUAUACCAUAAUUGUUGUUGCAUUGUAGUACGCAAAUGGAGCAGUCCCAAACGCAGUCAACGCCUUCCAAAGCUUUGCGCAAACGCGGUAGUAAACAGACGCAACAGCAGUCCACAAACGUGCAUAAAGCAUCUUGGGACUCUGACACGGUGCGGAUUUUUUUGGAACUUGUUAUCAAAGAGUUGGACGUUGGUUUCAAGGGGAGCUUCCAUACAAUGACAAUGCAUGGAUAUCGAGCUAUAAGCAAGGGCUUUCUGGAACGUACAAAUAAGGUGCAUGAUGUCAAGCAACUGCAGAACAAGUACGCGUUGCUGAAAAAGGAUUGGCAGUCAUGGUCGAAAUUGAUGAACAGCAGGCAUGGGCCAACCGGCAUCAGUUACAAUGAAGCCACGGGUUUGAUACAAGCAUCUGACGACUGGUGGGCACAUUACAAAAAGGUUGACAAGAAUGCAAUCAAGUUCAAAACAAAACCGUUGGAGCACAUGGACCUCAUGCGAAGGGUGUACGAAGGCGCUACAGCAACCGGAAAAUAUGCAUGGACACCAGGUGCAGCGUUCGAACCUGUGGCACCCGAUGACGGUACUUCGCAGGCGCCUGACGAAGACUGCGAGGACAGCAGUGGGCUGUCCCAUUUCUAGCCUGCCGCGCAGCAUGAACACACUGUGCAGCACACUGUUGCGCAAGAGGAUGGCACGCCGGCAACUGUGCACGCUGCGUCGUCGGGAAUUAACGCUGACGACACACCAACUAGUGGCAUGAACAAACGCAAAUCGCCAGGCCCAACACA